AAAAAGAAGAAGAGAGAGAAAAAAAAAACACAAAUGGCUUCUCUUCCUCUUCCUCGCCACGCCGAAACGCCCACCGUCUCCGCCUGGCUCCUCCGCCCGCGCGGCCGUCUCCGACAUGGUUUCGGGUCCUGCAGAGCUGCCGCGAAGAAUCUAUCGGCUGCUUCGCGCCUCCCCCGCUUCCUUCACGCCACCGUGGCCGCCCCCUCCCCGCCCGCGUCCGCCCGACGCCCAGACGGCGGCGGCCUCGUCGUCCUCACCGUCGCUGCUUCCGCGAUAGUAAAAGGAACUCUUCAAAGGCUCAUACCCAAGGGUAGAUGAAUUGUUAGAUGCGCUGGUGGAGUGCACCCAGCACUGACCUUGGAAGCCGGAUUCCUGGCCAACUUGUCCUUUUGUGGGUAAUCGGUUGUUUUUUGAAGGUCGCAAUCUCUGCCAGCUUUAUAUUCUUUUCGGCGAUUCGCUCCAUGUUGGACUGUAAGAGAGCAGCAGAGUCUCUUGAAAUGUCAUUCGAUUUCAUGAGAGAGAAGCUUCCUGAAACCAUGGCUUCUGUGAGACUAGUUGGAAAGGAGGUCAGUGACUUGAGUGUGGAUCUCAGCGACCUAAGUCAAGAAUUGAGGAAGGUUUUCAGGAGUUCCAUGAGCGUUGUUCAUACAGCUGAUGCUCAACUUCGCCAGCUGUCAACCUCAGGCACACCAGGAACUUCCCUGAGGGUGGCUAAUCAGAAGAAAGCGGUGGGGGAACCAUUGCUGGCUAGUACCGUAAGAGAACUCCGUGGGCUAAUUGCAGAAGUCCGCUCAGGUUUUGGAGCAGCUUUCGGCAUCGCUAGCCUUUUCAUGUGGGCAUCAAACUUUGGUUCAAAGCACCAGAACCGUGCAUAGUAAGAUAACGAGAUGUUUCAAUUACUUGAAAUUUGUUACUGUUGCCAUGACCAUAUGCUUAACCGGGCAGGACAUAACUUCUAGUCUUCGGCACAACCUGUAGAAAAGAACAUCGCCAGCCACUGAACUUUAUUGCACAAACCCCUUGUGGGCUGUAGCUGAUAUUUGGUGGUCAUUGUAUCACUACUAAAAAUAAUCAUGAGUCAAUUGAUAACAGGAAGUACAACUUGGAAGUGUUGUUACAGUCAUUAUAUUUAUACCCGCAAUAAAAAAACAGUCAUUAUUGAAAA